GAUUGGCCAAUGGGUUAUGAUUUGGCAUAUUUUCAGGAGACUCACAUUUCGGUGUCUAUUGGUUCUGUAAAUUAUCUUUAUUCCUCGCUAUAAGGCCUGACUUAUUUUGUCUGUCACGUAAUAUAUGUUUUGUGUGUCAGUAUUUAAUAGUAUAGUCUAAGAGUCGUUCAGAAAAAUAUGUAUCUACAUUAAAUGCCGUAGAUAACAUGAUCUGUUGCAUGGGACAGCUAGCUAGCCAUACUAGCUACUUUGGCUAGCUAAUUUCGAGGCUGUCAUAUCAAUUAUCAGCUGGCUUGCUAUCAACAAGCUAGCCAGUUAAUUGUACAAACGUAUCAAAACCUCAGCUACUAAAGGACAGCAUUGGAAUGAGCAGGUGACAUGACACUGCAGCACCAAACUGACGUUUGAAUAAGGUCCUUCGAAGUACAUUGGGGCAUGCAGGCAGACAUUUGAGACCAUUAUGAGGGCACCCCAGGCCAGCAGGAGCCUGUGAACAACCAUAACACCCUCUCUGUCUACUCUCUAACCAGACAACCUUCCCCUCAGGUGUUAGGCCUAGUUUCUCUCUCACCCUUGUUAUGCCCCUAUCACUGCUUUGGGGAUAGAGGAACGUCCAUAAAGUGAAGAGAGAGAGGCUUCAUAUUGAGUUAGUUAGACAGGCGGACCUUGUAUUUCCCCCUGCUAUGCCCCAGCUGCCCCAGCCCUUACAGCCAUGAGCUCUGCCCUGUGGAGCCAGGAGAAGCCCAGUGGGGGCUUCAGGGAGGACUGGCGCUUCUACAUGGUGGUCAAGGAGUGUACAGUGGAGAAGCCCCCCCAGAAGACCCUGAGGAUCCCCCGGGGCAGCCUGGGACAGGCCUGUCAGGAGAGGAACAGCCUGGGGCGCACGCUACCCCCCAGCAAAGGCAAGAGGAGCCUACGCGUCCUGGACCAGACCAACGUGGUGCUGAGCCUGGAUGAGCGGGACGUCCUGGAGCUGGAUGAGAAGCUAGCUGAGCUGCUGUUCCCCAUCACCAACUGUGAGGAGCGCUAUGCCCUGCUGUGCAACAAGCCCCGGCUGGAGCGGGCCAGAGACAUCGACUGUGGCUCCAAGGUGCGCGUGCAGCUGCGUUCGGGGGAUGAACCUUUGCCCGGGGUAGUCCGAUUUAAAGGAUCUCUCCUCCCAGACAGGGCUCUCUCCGGGGUCUGGUUUGGAGUGGAGCUGCUGGAGGAGGGCAGAGGCCAGGGCUUCACAGAGGGCUCCUACCAGGGCCGACAGCUGUUCCGCUGUGAGGAUGAGUGCGGGGUGUUCGUGGCCCUGGACAAGCUGGAGCUGUGGGAUGACGAGGAAGAGGAGCUGGGAGAGCUAGAGGUGGAUCACGUCAUCCUGGUGGAGGAGGAGUUGGAUUUCCAUCCGCUGGAGAUCAACUCCAGGGUCCUGGUCCAGACCAGAGAGGGGCCGGAAAGAGGAACCAUCAUCUUCUGUGACCUGCUGCCUGGGAACGAGAGCCUGGGGUACUAUGUGGGAGUAGACAUGGACAAUCCUAUUGGGGACUGGGAUGGUGUUAUCGACGGGAAGCUGCUGUGUAAUUUCGCCAGUCUGGAACACACCCGUCUAGUCCCCAUCUGUGACGUAAUGCCAGAAUACUCCAUGCAGGACCAGAGGCUGCAGAAGCACAGUUUUACCCCCAGAGGCAGCAGCAGUGACAAGUCCUCCUCUGGCCAAAGCAAACCAAAGAGCAAAGGCUUAGGUCUUCAGUGUGGGAGUAGAAGCAAGUCAGAGUUGUAUUAUACUUUAAAUGGCAGCUCUGUUGACCACCCAGUCCAGGCAAAAUCCAAAAGCACAUGGUACAUUGAUGAAGUCGGGGAAGACCCUGCCAAGUCCCUCACAGACACGCCCCCUGACUUCAAUGAAACCACACCUCCUACCAGGGCCCCGCCCUCUGCUUCCUUGUCCAAUGACAACAAGUUCCACUCCCUGCCCUUCAGCCUGAGCCGUAAGACGGGGCCCAAUGGCAGCAUGAGCCAUGGACCCCUCUCCCUCUCCGUGCAGUCAGUGAUGGGAGAGCAGAUGCAGAUGCAGAUGCCAGAGCCCCCGUCGCCCACCCCUCCCUCCCCGCGGCCCCCCUCACCCCCCAGCUCUCGCGGGGGUGGGGGUGUGCCUGGUCUGGAGGUGGGGUCCCUAGUGGAGGUGAAGGAGAACCCGCCCCUGUGUGGGGUCAUCCGCUGGGUGGGGCUGCCUCCGGGACUACCAGAGCCACUGGCUGGCCUGGAGCUGGAGGAAGAGUGUGUUGGCUGUACAGACGGCACCUUUCAAGGUACCCGCUACUUCAGCUGCGCGCCCAAGAAGGCCCUGUUUGUGAAGCUGAAAUGCUGCCGGCCUGACUCCCGUUUCCCCUCCCUACACCACUCCUCCAACCCCAUAGAGAGAUGCAACUCUAUCGCUUUCGGGGGUUAUCUGAGUGAGGUGGUGCAUGAGAACACUCCUCCACGCACUGAGAAUGAUGGUCUGGACAUCAUGGUGGGCAAGAAGAAAGGUAUCCAGGGUCACUACAACUCUUGCUACCUGGACUCCACACUCUUCUGGGAAUCAUGGUUUUUCUUUCCCUCUUUUCCUGUCUUUAGCCUGUUUUCCUUCAGCUCAGUCCUGGACACGGUUCUGCUGAGGCCGAGGUCCAAGACUGAUGUAGAGUAUUACCGAGAGACACAGGAGCUGCUACGCACAGAGAUAGUCAACCCCCUGCGAAUACAUGGCUAUGUGUGUGCCACUAAAGUGAUGAAGCUCAGAAGGAUACUGGAGAAGGUAGAAGCUGCCUCAGGGUUCACAUCUGAAGAAAAAGAUCCUGAGGAGUUCCUCAAUAUUCUGUUCCAUCACAUAUUGAGGGUGGACCCCUUACUCAAGCUGAGGUCGGCAGGUCAGAAGGUUCAGGACUGCUACUUCUACCAGAUCUUCAUGGAUAAGAAGGACAAAGUGGGUGUGCCAACCAGCCAGCAGCUCAUAGAGUGGUCCUUCAUCAACAGUGACCUCAAGUUUGCUGAGGCUCCUUCCUGCCUUAUCAUCCAGAUGCCUCGCUUUGGGAAGGACUUCAAGAUGUUCAACAAGAUCUUCCCCUCACUGGAGUUAGACAUCACAGACUUACUUGAAGACACUCCCAGGGAGUGUCGAAUCUGCGGGGGUCUGGCUCUGUAUGAAUGCAGGGAGUGCUACGAGGACGGUGACAUCACUGCCGGGAAGAUAAAACAGUUCUGUGAAAAGUGCAAUACACAGGUUCACCUCCACCCGAGGAGGAAGGCCCAUCGCCACGGCAAGUUGUCCGUCCCCAAGGAACUGCAGGAGGGUGUGUGGCGGCAGGGUAGCUUCCCUCGCCAGCGGAUGGAGCUGUUCGCUGUGCUCUGCAUCGAGACCAGUCACUACGUGGCCUUCGUCAAGUACGGCCACCAAGACUCUGCAUGGCUCUUCUUCGACAGUAUGGCCGACCGCGACGGAGGGCAGAAUGGCUUCAACAUCCCCCAGGUGUCUCCAUGUCCGGAGGUGGGGGCCUAUCUGAAGAUGACCCCUGAGGAGCUCCAUGCCCUGGACCCCAAGAGCAUCCAGGGCCAGGCUCGCCGUCUGCUGUGUGACGCCUACAUGUGCAUGUACCAGAGCCCCACCAUGAGCCUGUACAAGUAGAGCCCCUGGGGCAGGGGACUCCCAGACAGAUCGACAGACAGACAGACGGGAGAGCUGCAGUCCAGAGCUCCAGAGCUCUCUCCCUGUGUCCCCACCUCCUCCUCAAUGCCUGCCCUUGUCUCCUCAGUCUACUCUGCCCAAAGUGAAGAGACUAUAAAAGAAAAAAGCUUAUUUGCACUGUGCAUUUGUUGAAGUGUUGUUCUUCUUGUUUUCCCUCUGUGGUGAACAACAAAACAAGCUGAUCUUGACGUCAGUAGCUUCCCUGUGCCUCGUAGCUGAGUGGUGGGGGACGGCGGUCGAUGGAGACACGAGAAGCCCGCUGAAUAUUAUUCUCUUCCUGUGGAGAGGAAGAGGAGAGAGAGAGGGGGGGGGGGGGGACGGCAUGCUCUCCUCAGCUGACCAAACAUGCGAAACAAAAACAAGCCGUGUUAAUGGAAGGACAGAGGCCACCUCAUUUACCUAAAGCAGGGGGAGUCCUGCUUUUCUUAAUCAGUGUAAGAGAUGGGAGCGCUCCAUAAUUCAACUCAUAGUGGAAAUAAUGCCAUAUUCAAAACCCUCAACCAACUAUGUAUACUGUUUAAACAGCUUGUCUUAAGACAUCAUUAGUUAGUACCAUGAUCCAUUAUGUCAGAUGUGUACCACCACCAACAGUAUAUUUAUGUCAACCGAAUAUAGCAUUAGGAUCAACCAGAAUACUUUGGGUGGCAUAUUUCCCAAAAUAUACCUUGUAGAUUUCAUGAAAGUGUGUGUGUGUGUUCCAAAUGGAUAUAUGUUAAAGGCGGCUGUAUGACAGUUCUACAUGCAGUCAGAGGACAGGUCAGGUACUCUAAAGCCUGGCAGGUGUUUUUGAAUUAACAGUUUGUGGAAAUAUUCAACUGAAAUUUAAAGUUUUUUUCUUUUUCUUUUUUGUAAGUCUCAAGGCAUUGUGUGUCAGCAAACUAAAUUAUUUUCUAUCUAAACUUUUAACUGCACUCAAGACAUAGCAAACCCCUGCUUGGCAUUUGUCAUACUCAAUACUUAUCUAUCUGAUGAGACAAACAGUAUAUGCCUUUUGUCUUUUUCAUACAUUUGUGACAGUCAACUCCCCAACCGUGGAUCAAAAUCAAGUAACUUAAAAUACAGUAUAUACCUAAUUAUAUUUUAAUCUCAAUAUAUUUACAUUCUCGUAUUUUCUUUUUUUGAAGGAAAUGUAAAAAAUAUAUUAAAUAUAAUCUUUCUGGUACUCCUCCCAUCUCUCACCAGAUAUUGAAGUGAGUUCUUGUGAUUCAUGCUGUCCCAUUAAUACUACUGAAUGUUACCACCAGUGGCAUGCUGGGUAGUGUAGUUUAAUGUCACAAUGAAGGCCUGAUUGGGAGGUUCAAUGCUGGUUUCCAGAUGACUACAACCUCCACAAAGCCCCAUUGUGAUUGUUUUCCCAGGGACCCUCAAAGGGGACAUUAUUACUGUGUGUGCUUGUUUCUGCACUGCUGAAGUUUAAUGCUCGUCACAGACAGACAGGAGGACUUUCUUUACUCCACUGGAGCCUGUGAGUCUCUGAUAUGGAUAUGAACAUUGACUUGUGCAUCUAUCUGUAAAGUAUAUAAUGGAUGGAAAUUAAUGUCCGUGCUGUUCUCGUAAAUGUUAACUAAAUUAAAACCCCUGUUUUGAAAGGUA